UGGAGACGUGCGCUGCCGCCGGCGGGCUGGAGCGGCGCGAGGCGGCGCAGAGCGGCGGUCGGUAUGGAAGCAGUACCCCGCGAGGAGAAACCCAACCCGCUGCAGGAUGCCAACCUCUGCUCCCGGCUCUUCUUCUGGUGGCUGAAUCCAUUAUUUAUUAUUGGCCACAAACGGAAACUUGAAGAAGAUGAUAUGUACAAAGUACUGCCAGAAGAUUCCUCGAAGAAGCUUGGGGAGGACUUACAGUGGUACUGGGAUAAAGAGGUGCAAAAAGCAAAAAAAAGAGGAAAAACACCCCAUUUAACUAAAGCAAUUAUUCUUUGUUACUGGAAAUCCUAUUUAGUUCUUGGAAUUUUCACAAUGAUUGAGGAAACCCUCAAAAUAGUUCAGCCAGUAUUUUUGGGAAAAAUUAUUAGUUAUUUUGAAAACUACGAUGCCUCAGAUGAGGUGGCUUUGAACAUUGCAUAUUGCUACGCAGCUGCUCUGUCUGUGUGCACACUGAUUCUAGCUAUAAUGCACCACUUAUACUUCUAUCAUGUACAGCGGGCUGGCAUGAAGCUCAGAGUGGCUAUGUGUCAUAUGAUUUAUCGGAAGGCACUUCGUCUCAGUAAUGUAGCUAUGGCAAAAACUACCACUGGACAAAUAGUAAAUCUUCUCUCAAAUGAUGUGAACAAAUUUGAUCAGGUAACAAUUUUCUUGCACUUCUUGUGGGCUGGACCAAUUCAAGCUGUAGCAGUAACAGUACUUCUCUGGAUGGAAAUAGGCCCAUCGUGUCUUGCAGGAAUGGCAGUACUGAUUAUUCUUCUGCCUGUACAAACCUGCAUUGGGAGGCUUUUUUCUUCUUUAAGGAGCAAGACAGCUGCCUUUACAGAUGUCAGGAUUAGGACCAUGAAUGAAGUCAUAAGUGGUAUGAAGAUAAUAAAGAUGUAUGCAUGGGAAAAAUCAUUUGCGGAACUUGUGAGUGGUUUGAGAAGGAAGGAGAUCGCCAUGGUUUUGAAAAGCUCCUACCUUCGAGGAUUGAACUUGGCCUCUUUCUUUGUGGCAAGCAAAAUAACAGUGUUCAUGACUUUCAUGGCAUACGUACUACUUGGCAAUGUUAUCUCUGCAAGUCGGGUGUUUGUUGCAGUGUCCCUGUAUGGCGCAGUCAGGCUGACAGUAACUCUGUUCUUCCCUUCGGCUGUUGAGAGAGUAUCCGAGGCAGUGGUUAGCAUACGGCGGAUCAAGAACUUCCUGAUACUUGAUGAGGUCUCACACUUCAAACCACAACUGCAAGAUAAUAAUGAGAAUGUCAUUCUUCAUGUUCAGGAUUUGACUUGCUACUGGGAUAAGAGUUUAGAAAGCCCAGCACUCCAACAGCUUUCAUUUACCGUCAGACAAGGGGAAUUACUGGCUGUGAUCGGUCCUGUGGGAGCUGGAAAAUCUUCACUCCUAAGCGCUGUGCUUGGUGAGCUACCUAAGGAGAAAGGUUUGAUAAAUGUUUCUGGAAGAAUUGCCUAUGUUUCUCAGCAGCCAUGGGUGUUUUCUGGUACUGUUAGAAGUAACAUACUGUUUGACAAGGAGUAUGAGAGAGAGAAGUAUGAAAAAGUUUUAAAAGUCUGUGCUCUCAAAAAGGACUUGGACUUACUAGCAAACGGUGACCUAACAGUUAUAGGAGAUCGUGGAGCUACGCUGAGUGGGGGACAGAAGGCCCGUGUAAAUCUGGCCAGAGCUGUAUAUCAAGAUGCAGAUAUCUAUCUUUUGGACGAUCCACUGAGUGCAGUAGAUUCUGAAGUUGGAAGACAUUUGUUUGAAAAGUGUAUUUGUCAGGCUUUACAUCAGAAGAUCUGUGUUUUGGUGACUCACCAGUUGCAAUAUCUCCGUGCUGCAACUCAGAUUCUAAUAUUAAAAGAUGGUAAAAUGGUGGGAAAAGGGACCUAUUCAGAGUUCCUGAGGUCUGGCAUCGACUUUGCUUCCCUUCUGAAAAAAGAGGAGGAGGCAGAACAGCCGUCAGUUCCAGGCACCCCAAACCUGAAGUCGUCCCGGAGCCGUACCUUUUCAGAGUCCUCUGUCUGGUCCCAGGAUUCUUCUGUCCACUCAGUGAAAGAUGGAGCAGUGGAGCAACCACCUGCUGAAAAUCCACUGGCUGCUGUGUCAGAGGAGAGUCGUUCUGAGGGAAAAAUAAACUUCAAAGUUUACAGAAAAUAUUUCACUGCAGGAGCGAACUACUUUGUGAUUUUUAUACUUGUAUUAUUUAAUAUUUUGGCACAGGUGGCAUAUGUGCUCCAGGAUUGGUGGCUUUCUUACUGGGCAAAUCAUCAAGGAAAGCUGAAUGUUACAACAAAUGGAAAUAAUGGAGCAAAUGAGACUGAGCAUCUAGACCUUACCUUUUAUUUGGGAAUUUACGCAGGUUUAACGGUGGCUACAAUACUGUUUGGCAUAAUAAGAAGUCUUCUGGUCUUUCAAGUUCUUGUUAAUUCUGGUCAGACCUUGCACAACAAAAUGUUUAAAUCCAUUUUGAAGGCUCCUGUCCUGUUUUUUGACAGAAAUCCUAUAGGAAGAAUCUUAAAUCGUUUCUCAAAAGAUAUUGGCCAUCUGGACGACUUGCUUCCAUUGACAUUUUUGGAUUUUGUGCAGACUCUUCUACAGAUUUUUGGUGUGGUGGCUGUGGCUGUGGCAGUGAUUCCUUGGAUACUCAUUCCCUUAAUUCCACUAUUUAUUCUUUUCAUUUUUCUUCGACGAUAUUUCUUAGACACUUCAAGAGAUAUUAAACGUCUAGAAUCCACAACUCGGAGUCCAGUGUUCUCCCACUUGUCGUCAUCCCUGCAGGGCCUUUGGACUAUUCGGGCUUUGAAAGCAGAAGACAGAUUUCAAAAAUUAUUUGAUGCACAUCAAGACCUCCACUCAGAGGCCUGGUUUCUAUUUUUGACGACCUCGAGGUGGUUUGCUGUGCGUCUGGAUGCCAUCUGUGCCAUUUUUGUUAUAGUGGUUGCUUUUGGUUCCCUGCUUCUUGCCAAGACUUUGAAUGCGGGGCAAGUUGGUUUGGCACUGUCCUAUGCAAUCACUCUCAUGGGAACAUUCCAGUGGGGUGUGAGACAAAGUGCUGAAGUUGAAAACCUGAUGAUAUCAGUAGAAAGAGUAAUGGAAUACACGGAUCUUGAAAAAGAAGCCCCUUGGGAAACCAACAAGCAUCCACCACCUGAAUGGCCAAGCCAUGGAAUGAUAGCAUUUGAAAAUGUUAACUUCACUUACAGUCUAGAUGGCCCUUUGGUGUUAAGACAUUUGUCUGUUGUUAUUAAACCAGAAGAAAAGGUUGGAAUUGUGGGAAGAACAGGAGCAGGGAAGAGCUCUUUGAUAGCAGCCCUUUUUCGGUUGGCUGAACCUGAAGGAAGGAUCUGGAUUGAUAAGUACUUGACAUCAGAGCUAGGCCUCCAUGACUUAAGGAAGAAAAUUUCAAUUAUACCUCAGGAGCCCGUAUUGUUCACUGGGACAAUGAGGAAGAACUUAGAUCCUUUCAAUGAAUACACUGACGAAGAACUGUGGAAUGCCUUGGAAGAGGUGCAACUGAAAGAGGUUGUGGAAGAUCUACCUAAUAAAAUGGAGACACAGCUGGCAGAAUCUGGGUCUAAUUUUAGUGUUGGUCAGAGGCAGCUGGUGUGUCUUGCCAGAGCAGUUCUAAAAAAAAAUCGGAUCCUUAUCAUUGAUGAAGCAACAGCAAAUGUGGACCCAAGAACAGAUGAGUUCAUCCAAAAGACAAUCCGUGAAAAGUUUGCUCAGUGCACAGUUCUGACCAUUGCACACCGCUUGAACACCAUUAUCGACAGUGACAGAAUUAUGGUUUUAGAUGCAGGAAGACUAAAAGAAUAUGGUGAGCCUUACAUUUUGCUGCAAGAAAAGGACGGCUUGUUUUACAAAAUGGUGCAACAAGUGGGCAAGACAGAAGCAGCUUCUCUGAUUGAAACAGCAAAACGGGUUUACUUCAGUAAGAAUUACCCAGAAGUUGUUCAGAAUGGUCAGCUUGCCACAGACUCCUCGCUGGAUCCUUCCUCAGGAUUAUGUGUAACUGAAACUGCACUGUGAUUCCUCAUGACCACAGUUUUUUUCCACUGAAUAUAAACCUGAGAGCAUCCAAACCAUCGAUGUUCACGAGUGUCAAUGGGAGAGGAAAAAGAGGGGGCGAUUCUUUGCACUGGACAUCCUUUUAUUUAAUACUGAGAAGAAGAGUUUUACUAUCCCUGUUUCUUUGAUUUCAGUGCAAUAUAUGUUUUUUUUUUCCUUUCCAACUAAUUAUUUUUGUAUUGCUAAGGAAAUUAGGCAGACUCAGUUCUUAUUUGAAAGUUAUGUGUCUGUUAUUUAAACAGGUGCAGGACACCUAACAGGUCUAGGGUGCAUCUUUGGAAUUUAUUAAAGAAAGAUUGGAGUGUGUCCCUUUUCUCAGUUGGAGAUACUUUGAGAGCAAACAAAGCCAAAUGUUUUUUAGUGUCACCGUACCCCCACAGCUGUGCCUAAACAGCAGGUUUGGUUGUGUACAACUUAGCUUCUAACGGAGGUGUUUCUCUACCUGUCACAGGUAGCUAUGCAGGUGGUAGAAAAAAAAGCAAAAAGAAUUAAAAGCCAAAAACACUUUCUAUUUUGAUAGCAAAAAGUACUAUAUACGUAGAUUUUUUUUAUAAUUCAAGUAAUGCUGUUCAAGAUGAAUGUAAGUGUAAGUUUUAUUUUGCUGAAAUCCAGAUGCUGAAAAAUCAAUCUCAGUCUUCUGUACUUUAGAAGAGAACAUUUGCACUGAAGAAAUAUUUAAAUAAUUUAACACACAUUCCUCUUUUUAUCCAGGUUAUCAGAGAAAAAAAAAAAAAAGUAUUAAAAUAACUUGAGGAAAUCUUUGAAUGACAUGUCAUUAUACCUAAAUACCACGUAGUACAAAGUUAUCUCCAACACACCACAUUGAAAUGUAUACGUUAUUUGCAUUUAUUGUGCCUUAAUAUUUGUGCCUUCAAGCCAAAGCUGUAACUGCAGGGUACACAACAAAUUUGUUAAAUAUAUGUUAAAAAUAUUUAGCCUUAAUAUAUUUAAAGUUUUGCAUCAAGGAUUCUGUUGAACUUGUGCUGUUUGAAGUUACCAUACUGCUGGAAUAGGUAGGGAAGUGCAACCCGUACGUUUGAAUGGCUGUUGCUGGUACUGAGGAGAUUGCAGUGAGAUUCUGUAUUUGUACACCAUGUCCUGAUUCAGCAAAGCACUUCAGUGUGAAGGCACUAUUCUUGUGGUUUAAAAAGUCAGGCAAGUGCUCUUCUGCUGCAGAGCUUUUUUGUCUUCAGUGAGAUACCUACCCUUUGAGGUCCAGUACAGAAUAAAUCUAUUCCAAUUAUUGUCUGAAGGGACAGAAGGCACUGAAAAACAACAGGUCUCUUCAGGACACAGAGAACACUGUGCUUUUUAGAAAAAGAAAAAUAAUAAAAAAAGAUGCUUGCUAUUACCUUGGCAAGCUAAAUAUUGCUUACCCAAUGUUCCCCCAACAGUCGAAAAUUAAGGCGAACACAAAUGUUUCUCAUUUCAAGCCAUUUUACCAGCAAGUAAGUUGCUGAAAUACAAGACUGUUGCUUGUAUUGUUGUUGAGAAGCAAACUGAGGCCAAAGCCUGUGCCUGAAGAUAGGGGCUCAUCCAGGAGGGCUUUGUCCUGUGCAGAAGUUGGUGGUGAGAGGCAGAACCUUCUUUCCCUGCUGCCUGCACCCCCACCAAUUGGCUUCUCUGGUGGAUGGGAGGAAAGACACGCGCUGGGUGUUGGAUUUGCUGGCAGCAUCCUCCUGUACUGUUAGCAGGAAGGUACGCAACGAAGCGCUCUUGCCCUUGGCUUUCUUUUGGCAGUCUCUAACACCUCUGUGGGGUGUCGCUCACUACUGCAAGUGUCUCUGAGAUAAGUGGAACUGAACUUCACGUGGGUCUUGUCCUUUGUCUGGUGCUAAAUACAGGGCAGUCAGGGAUGACUACGUGUCCCCUGGCACAGAUUGGCUCAUGUAAGCAGCAAGCUCAGAGCUAAUCCUUCUCAGAGCGCACCAGCCACAGCCUCUUUUCUUGAUCGCUUUGCCCCCUAUGUACCUAGCACACAAAACACUACCGUGUUUUGUUUUGUUUCUUUUCAAUUCAAGUGGUCUCAAAUAAGGAUAGGGCUAUUCUGCAGCUCAGCAGAAUGUAUUGCAGAGCUAUGUGAAGAUGUAGAGAAGUGUCUGAGGAUGUAAAGUCACAUGGGAUAAUGCUGGGGGAUUGUAUAGCAUGGAGAAAGCUCAGCCUUGCAUGGUCUUUCUUUUCUGUAACUGCCUUUUGGAAGCGGUCCAUGGCAUAAACCAUGUCCAAGCUCUGCUCAGCCUUUAUCAUAGAGAGAUCCAGUUGGAGUGCUCCAAAACAGAGCCAGAGUGAGCUGACUGUGACAGUGCAGACAGCUAACAGGGACUGGAGCUUGAGCUCAUGCGUUUCCCUUUUUUAUUCAGUAGUUUGGACAGAUGCACAGGGUCUACCCAUGCUUUGCAAUAUUGAAUUAUUUUGAUUUCUAAAUAGUUCAUGCAAGAAAAUAAGUGUGAUGUAUAAUACGCUGAGACUUUUAAAUGCUCUGAGAGAACAUGAUGUUUUCAUGGCUAUAUAUUUUGUUUAUAUUUUUUUAAAACGGAAUUCAAGGAGAUAGAUAAACUGAGGGUAUAAUUAUAGUUUUAGUUCAUUUCAGCUCUGAAAUGAAACUAUAGCAAGUUGUAUUUCAGUGCUGAGCUCCAAGACGCUGACUGCAGCCCACUCAGUGGUAUGAGACCCUGACAAAUUCAGCUCUCACUCUAUAAGGCAGAGUUAAUUUGAUCCUGCAGAUUUUUGAACGUGCACAAAAAUGCUAGGUAUCUGAAAAUGCUCAUCCUGCUUCUUCACAGGUUUUGACAGGACAUUACUAGCUGUAGGUAUAAAAGAAUCAAAUAUUUAAAGAAUCGCACUUGAAAACCAUACGUUACUGAAUAGAUCAACAGAUAGUGAGCCAUUUGUGCCUGACGUUGCCAUGAUGUCCACCUUUUUAGUUUAAAGUAACAAAUAUAUUUCAGUCAGGAAGUUGUUUCCUUUAGAUUCUUUUGUUGCUUGUUGUUGAGAGUUGUUGUGAGUAGUUUAGGUGACUGUUGGUUAAGAUGGACACACCUAUUUAAUUUUAGGUGGGUGACAAAGUGCAUCGUGCCUGAAACUCGAGGAUGAGAGAGGCCUUCCUUCGUUGAACGUUAUGGUCUGUUGUAUGUAUAAAUUAUCUCUCCAGUGAGGUGUUUUGUGUUUCCUUCUAAAGAAAAGUUCAAAUAGUUCUAAAUUUCCACUUUGAAAAUGUUCGUGCUUUGUUUGGAGAAUAGUAAAGCUGCUUAUUUCAAGCUACAUUCCUUCAUGGGGAUCUUGGAAAAAGAACUCAGUCUUCAACAUUAUUAAAGCCUUUAAAAUAUUUCUUCACCAUAAGGUGCCUUAAAGUAUUCCAGAGUCUAAUAGACAAUUCUGUGCAGAAAUACUGCAUUGCAACAAUUGUGGGACUGUUGUUUGGUUCAAAAGUCUGGGAACAGCCUCUACUUGAGAUCGAAAGAACUGUUCCUCAAACGUUCAUUUUGGUAUCUCUUUGCUUUACCUGUCUAUGAAAGACCACUGGGAGAGUCAAAGCCAACAUGGUUCUCAAUAAUAGGUUAUUUCUGAUUUUGCUUAGGUUAAGGGCAAAAUUCUGCUCCGUUGAACCACAGUUCACUUGCCAGAUAGUUUUAGUCUUCUGUGAUAUCACUCAUGCUCCUCUUUGGAAGAGGGAGGACCUCCUUCUGACCAAGAUCAGGUUGAUAAAGCGAUAUUGACAGUUUCUUUUAACCUUCCCAAUACACAUUUGGAAGUAAGGUGAAGGAAAGAACAAGGAGGCAGAAGGUCUAAAUCAUAUAGAAAUUUCAGUGAAAAUGCUGCUUUCUGUGUUAAUCCGACCCUUCCAGAUGUCUCACCUUGAAGUCUGAGGGGGAAAGGGGAAGAAAAAGAUAACUGACAUCACUUACAUCCUGUAAUGAUGAUGAGCUUCUGACACAUCAGCAGAAGAAUGUGGCUUUCUGUAUGUUUCACAUUGUAUAACAUCGCACUGCUUUUCCAUCAUUUUAACUCCGUUUCUGUUUUGUUUUGGUUUUUACAUUUGUGUAACAAUUUGAUUCUGUUAUUUCUGUGGAAUGAUUUCUUUUGUCGACAUCCACGACAGCUUCUGUCGUACAAUAAAAUGUGUUUCUCAGAA